AUGAUUAUAUUUUAUAAAUUUAUUGAAUUUUUUUUACAAUUAAUUAAUGAUAAACAAAUUUUAUAUCAAGAAAUGUUUCAAGAAUAUAAUAAAAAAUUUGUUAAUCCAAAAAUUAAUCAAUUGAAAAAAGAUGCCAUGAUUGAUGCUACAUUGGGACCUCAUUAUCUGAUUAGUUUAAAUGAUCAAAAACCUUAUUCAUUUAGUAAACUGAAAGUAUUUAUAACUCAUGAUAUUAAAGGUAAACCAAUUACUGAAUAUGGUGAUAUUGAUUCACAAAUUUUACCUCAACAAUUGGAAUUAGAACCAUUGACUUCAUCUUGUUCAACAGCUAUUAAUCUGAGAUUAACUAGUAGAGCAAAUAGUGUUGCACACUAUAGUAAUAAUAAUAAUAAUGAUAACUAUAUCAAUGAUGAUUAUGAUAGAACAUUUAAUACUAGUUCCAAUUGGAAUCAAAAUCGUCGUUAUCAACAAAGUUCACGUUAUCAUAGUGGUAGGAAUAAUGAUAAUCUAAUUAUGAAUACACCAUUGACUUAUUUACCUCAACCAUCAAGAUAUUCAACUCAAACACCAUCAUUGAAUAGUAAUUUAUCAUUUAAUCGAUAUGAUAGAACUCCAAGUCCUACACGUGGAACAACGAUGAGUCGUCGAUAUUCAAAUCCUAAUAUUAAUAACAAUAAUAAUAAUAACAAUAAUAAUAAUAAUUCAUUUCAUUCACCUUCAAGAAUACGUUCAAGACCUACUAGUCCUAAUAAAUUAUUAUCACCAACAAGACAACCACGAUUAGAAUUUGAUGGAAUUGGUAAUACAACAAUAACUAACGAUGAUCAGGAUAGAGAUAGAUUUUCUCCAUUUAAAUCACCAUCUCCAAUACAUCGAGGAACUUAUCAUCAUUCAUCUCCUAAUACAGUCAAUCCACAACAAUUACAUCAACAACAACAACAACUAUCCCAACAACAACAGUCCUCCCAGCAUAAUAAUUCAUUUGGAUAUCCAAAUUAUCCUUAUCGAUCACCAUCUCCAACAAGACGAAGACCUUCUGAUUCUCCCGAAAGACCAAAACCUGGAUGGAGAUGA